UCCUAUGACUUGAAUUGGGCCGCUUACAAAUUGAGAGCUGAAAUUGCCCCAUGCGCUCAUUUAACUUGCGGGGCGCACCACGCGCGCUUAGCGUUACAACAUCGCGAACUCCAGGUAACCCAAAUGUAACAGCUACAUCACGCGCUCAAUUCUUCCAGCGGCGACAGACGCUUGCAGCUGGGCUGCCGGAUGGAGAUGGGCCGGUCACAGCCGAUGCCGCUGAGGUGGAGGCGGCUCCCCCUCCCCCUCCCUCCCCCCUAGCUGAGCAGCUGGCGGAGGAGGUGGGGUCGGCGGCAGCCGCGAGGAGUGUGCAGGCGCAGCAGGCGGCGGAGCAGGCUGCCGCCGCGCUUACCGCCGAGGUGUUGGAGCGGGAGGUGGGGCGGCGGCGCAACUUCGCCAUCAUCUCGCACCCCGACGCCGGCAAGACAACCAUGACGGAGAAGCUGCUCUUGUACGGCGGAGCCAUCCACGAAGCGGGGGAGGUGAAGGCCAGAAAGUCCUCCCGCUCCGCCACCUCCGAUUGGAUGGAGCUGGAGAAGCAGCGAGGUAUCUCCAUCACCUCCACCGCCCUCACAUUCGAGUACAGCGGCUGCCAGCUGAACCUGCUGGACACGCCGGGACACCAGGAUUUCUCGGAGGACACCUACCGCACACUGGCUGCUGCCGACAACGCGGUUCUGCUUGUGGACGGCGCCAAGGGCAUCGAGCCGCAGACGCGCAAGUUGUUCGCGGUGGCGCGGCUGAGGGGGCUGCCGGUGUUUACCUUCGUGAAUAAGAUGGACAGACCCGCGCUCAACGGGUUUGAGAUUGUGGAGCAGCUGGAGAAGGAGUUCGGGCUGCAGAGCUACCCCGUCAAUUGGCCCAUCGGCUCCGGAGACCGCUUCAUGGGGGUGUACCACCGACCCAGCAAGAAGGUCAUUCUGUACGAGAAACGCGGCCAGGCGGGCCGGUCCCGCGGCGCCUCCGUGAAGGCCGCGUACGACCUUGACGACCCGGAGCUGCCGGGGCUGGUGGAGGGGGACCUGUGGGAGCAGCUGCGGGAGGAGGUGGAGCUGCUGGAGGUGUUGGGUGAUGAGCUUGACUUGGAGGGGGUGAUGGCAGGGAAGGUCACCCCCGUGUUCUUCGGAUCUGCCAUGAACAACUUCGGAGUGGAGCUGUUCCUGCAGACGUUCAUCCAACUCGCAGCCAAGCCAGGCCCCGCCCCGACCCGCAGCGGUGUGGCCGUGUCGCCCACCUCCCCCAACUUCACCGGUCUGGUCUUCAAACUGCAGGCCAACAUGGACCCCAAGCACCGGGACAAGGUGGCCUUCGUGCGGGUGGUGUCGGGCAAGUUCGAGAAGGGCAUGAAGGUGCGGGUGGCUCGCAGCGGCCGCACCGUAACACUGGCGGCCCCGCAGCGCAUGUUUGCGAAUGAGCGGCAGACGGUGCACGAGGGCUUCGCAGGUGACGUCAUCGGCCUGACCAACCCCGGCGCCUUCGCAAUCGGUGACACGCUGGUCACCGGCCCGCUGCUCGCCUUCCCGCCCAUCCCCACCUUCUCCCCCGAGCUGUUCGCCUACCUGCGCUGCCCGCCCAACCAGAAGAAACCCUUCCUCAAGGGGGUGGAGGGACUGCUUGGUGAGGGCGCCGUACAGGUGCUGUACAGUACGGAUGAGUAUAUAACGGAUCCGGUGCUAGCAGCCGUUGGGCAGCUGCAAUUCGAGGUGGUUCAAUACCGCAUGAAGGACGAGUACGGUGUAGACACCACACUGGAACCGCUGCCGUACUGCGUGGCUCGCUGGAUGGCGGCUGGGGGCGGUUGGGAGCGGUUAGAGGGGCUCGGGCGGUUGUUCGGUACGACCGUUAUGAAGGACGUGUACGGCAGGCCGGUGCUGCUGUUCAGGAACGAGUUUGCGCUGCAGCAGGUCCUGGGGGAGCACGCGGACAAGCUGGGCGAGCUCAGCCCCUUCGCCCUGCCCCCUGACGUGUAAUGAAGAGGUGCCGUACAUAAACCAGUCAGGGUGCGCUUGAGAAAACCAGGUCGUUCCAAGGGGGGUGUUACCAAGCCUUUGCAUUGCUGAACUGGCGUGUGGGAAGGUGUGACUUGUGGAAAAAGCUAUUUAUGUAUAGCAUGGCAUCAGGAGCGGGACGUUGGCAUUGCUGAGUGCCUGACUACACGAUGGAGGUUGCGACUGGCGUAAGGCCACACCCCUAAUGUAACAUACACGGCAGACGCGUUGGAGGAGGGAGGUGAUUUUACCCGUUAAUUUCCAGUUGCCGUUGCCGGUCUCGUUGUGUUUUACUGCCCACCGAUUGCUGUAUGUAACUAUUACGUCUG